GCUCAGUGCCUCGUCUCCGGGAUCUACAGCCUGAUCCGGGCACCGGAGAGUCAAGGCGAGCAGAGCUGCUAUCGGGACUGCUUCGAGGAGCCUGACUGUCACAUGGCGGUGGUGACCCGGCCCCUCCGCGGCCCUCAACAGUGUCUGCUGGUCAACUGUCUGAACCAGGGACAACACGAGUACCCCCGAGAUCGCGGCGUGCAGAUCAGGGUUUACCCCAAGAGCACCAUCAGCAGCGAGCGAAGAGCCUCCCUCACCAAGUUCAUCCGUUCUGGCGAUGACGAGACUCAUCGAUGUUUUGACAUCAUGCAGAACGGCAGCUGCCGGUCGGGAAUUCCCAAAUUCUUCUACAACAGCACCAGUUCCAGGUGUGAGCGGUUCUUCACUGGCUGCGGGUCCAACAGGAACACGUUCGAUACCCAGCAGGCCUGUGAUGCCCUCUGCAGUCAGAAAUUUCUUUGCUAUCGGCCGAUGGAACGCGGUCAGAGACCCCCCCUUCGCUUCAGCGAUCCCACAGACGACCUUGAAAUCGGCCCUCCGAACUUCUUCUUCUACAACAUUUCGAGUUCAAAGUGUGAGGCGUUUUACUUCAGAGGCAGCGCGUCCAACGGGAACAUCUUCAGGACUGAGCGCGAGUGUGAGAGCUUCUGUGGCGGCGUUCAAGCUCCUUCAGCCAGCCGACCUGCAGACUCAGGUGAGACCCGCCGGGCUGCACCUUUGUUCUCAUGAGAACUCUGAUAAAUAUGACAGCAGCUGUUCCUCCACA